GGUCUACAGCGUGAGACAGCGCGAGUAGUAUUAAUUGUCUUCAUACACUCUAAACCCCAAAUCCCAGCUUUUUCUGUUCAUUCUCUAGCCCCCAAUUCCAAUCUAGAUCUGGAUCCAGGAGUGUGACAACGACCUGCAGCGCCAAAACACAGCGCCGUGUGCGCGAUCUCAAACCGAGAUCGAUCGACGAUGGCAUCGGAGACGGUUGCACUACCGGACGACGCGCUCGCGGAGGUCCUCCGGCGUCUCCCCCUGCACAUCCUGGCCGAGGCCUGGCGGGUCUGCAAGGCGUGGCGCCACGCCGUCGACGACCGCCUGCGCGGCAGCCUGCUUUCGCGCUCGGUGCACGGCAUCUUCAUCAACUUCUCGGGGUAGUACUUCUCGGAGUUUUUCUCCCGCCCGUCGUCGGGCCCGGCGAUUGACGGAGGGUUCGACUUCCUACCUUGCAUGGGCGUCGAGGUCAAGGACCACUGCGACAUGGGCGUCAAGGUUAAGGAUCACUGCAGCGGCCUUUUGCUUUGCCGCGAGUCGAGCUACCGUGCACUGGCGUGCCCGCGCGAGUAUGUCGUCAACCCGGCCACCCGGCGGUGGGCGCGUUUGCCCAAACGCCCCCCGCCGCUCAUGAUAGGAUUCGACCACACCGCCCACCUCGCGUUUGAGCCCGCUGUGUCGCCGCACUACCAGGUCUUUCUGAUCCCACGCGUGCCAUGGCGACUGCCAUCCAACGGAGAAUCUGACGACGACGAUGACAACCCGUUGCUCGAAUUGGAGUGGCCUCCCGCGUCAUAUCUCGUUGAUGUGUUCUCGUCGGUGACUCAACGAUGGGAUACGACAACCUUCCUUCGGGAAGGGGAAGCUGCCGGGAUCAUCGCCGACAUGCAGUUGGAUUGGCGGUAUGAUCCAUCUCUCUAUCAUGCCGUAUACUGGCAAAGCGCACUCUACAUCCAUUGCCAACAUGGCUAUCUUACGAGAAUGUCCUUGUCAGAUCACUCGUACAGAGUAAUUAAACUACCAGGUGCCGGUGGAUUGAUAGUAUAUUCCAACCACCGUCUCGGGAGAUCAUCGCAAGGGGUGUAUUGUGCAAUACUUGAUGGCUCAAUACUUGAUGGUUCGAAACGACUUCAGGUUUGGUAUCUCAGUGAAUCGUGCGGUCGAAUAGAAUGGGUGUUAAAACAUGAUACCCGUCUUAAGACCGUCUAUGCUCAACAGCUGGGCAAACAAUGGAUCUUACAACAGGUUAACCUUCGUAAGGAGUACCCUGACUAUGACUGGAACUCAGAGGAUAACGUUCUUGACAUUGAAGACGUUGUUGAAGAGGCUGUAGAUGUCAUUGAAAAUGAAGAGCACAUAUCUUAUGGUUUCCUUGGAUUUCAUCCUUAUAAAGAGGUUGUCUUCUUGAAUACAUCAACAAGAGGACUGGCCUAUGACUGGAUCAACUCAAAAUUCCAGGACUUGGGCAGUUCAUGGACAUGUCAAGCGUAUGGAACACCAUAUGGAGAGACAUGCGUAUCUUUUCCAUACACGCCUUGCUGGGUAAGCGCGUUUCCUGGAAACGAAUUAGAAUCUCUUCUUUUAGACGAGAAGCUAUAUAGGAACAAGCUAGAACUGGAAGCUCAACUUGAGGAGGAAUCCUACUUCACCUACAUGGGCGAGUACGAGCUGCGCAAGCAGUCUGGGCGUGCCAAGAGGGUCAAGGACUCCGCCGCCAAGAUUCGUCGCAGACACCACAUUGCCGCUCGGCAGGAACCCAUCAUCACCGACAUGAAGUCGAAGGUGAAUCGCACCGGGGCGACCAAGUUCAGCCUUGGCAAGGCCACCACAGAACUAGUCACCGCCAUAGUUGGAUCCUAGAUACCUAGUUGAUUAGUUUCCUGGAAACAAAGAUGAUUAUGUAUGUGCAAAUCAGAUGCCCUAAUCAUCGCCAGCUUCAUUUAUCUUGCCUUACAUACAUAUUACCUAUUUGUGCUCAGCUUCUGUCGGAGCCUUGUCUCGGUACUCUGCACAAUUUGUAUCGUUGUUAUUUCGGUUUGCCUCGUAAGACUAUGUUACUUUGUUAUUUUCCGUUGUCGGGCUUUAUUAAUUUAAACCUGAGUGUUUCUUGUGACUUUCUUCUAAAGUAGGUAUGUGCAAGCAAUUUGGAAAAUCAAAAUUUUUUUUUGUG